AGAAUCAAUUUUGUUAAAUGGAGUAGUAUUUUUAGUUUUAUUUGCUUAAAGAGUGAUCAUUGAUCACACGUGGGGAAGUAGAACCGCAGUCGGCGGGAAUUUAUUAUCUUAAAGUUAAAAAGCUUUGUCUCUGCUUUGCCAUAAUGCCAUAUGCCCGGUAAUACUAAUACAUACAUAAUUAGUCAGAAACUAAAACCUUAUAUAUAAAUAAACAGAAAGAGAGGAGGACAGAGAGAGAGGUUUAAAAGAUUGGAUCCGAAUAGAACGGACUUCAUUCAAUUUUGUGCUCUGUCAUCGAAUUGUGUUAUGUGAUAUAUUUUCUCCAUAUUAUCUGGCUUCCCUUUUUCUGUCCUCGGUGGAUUCCUUAUCUAUUUUUUCACAGAGGGAAAGAAAAAGGAGGAGGGAAUUCCCCGUUCCUUCUCCCUUUCAUUUUUUUUAAUUCUUUUUCUUGACAAAAAUAAACUCAUCAAUGCUGGAUCAUCUUUCCAUCCCAGGCUUUUUCCAGGGAUGGAGAUCAAGGGGAUGGAGUAUUUAUAUUAGAGUGGCUUCUGGGGUGGUUAUAUUUUAAAAGGAAUUUAUUCUUUUCUAUUCUUAUGAUAACCAAUUUACUCAGGAAAACUUCCUAGAAAGGCAUAUCAAUUUUAAGUUGCUGCAGGUUUAUUUUAGUAUAUCAACUGUUCUUGGUGUUUUUCUUCUUCUUCGUCUUCAAAAUGGGGGCCUGUGUUUCGAAAUCAAAUAGAAGGAUCGUAGCAAGUCGAAAUGGCUGUAGAAGAUCUAGUGGAAAACGAAGGGGAAUAAUCUCCACUUCCAUUCCUGAUGUGCCAAUCAGACGAGUUAGUGAUGCUGGAAAUCGUGUUAGAGAUUUUGAUGUAAGUGAGCUUGUUCAUCUUGGUUUCAAGAAAGGUGAUGCUACAACAACCCGCAAGAGAUCAGAGGUCUCCAACAUGAAAAUUCACCUUGCUCAACUUCAAUGGAACCAUGCCCAAGUUGACCCAAAUGGCGGGGUAUGCCAAGAAGAAGCCUGGUUUGACUCGGUUAGCAUUCUUGAUUCUGACUCAGAUGAUGACUUCAGUAGUGUUCAUGGAGAUGGUUUUCCUUUAGCGGCUAAUCCGAUUGGAAGCAUACCAAACACUCAACUGGUCCAGUACGAAAGUGCUUCAUGCUAUGUGGAUUCAGGGUGUAAGUAUGAAGAAUUUUAUGAGAGUUACUUGAAAAUAGAUGGAGCCACCACAACACAGUACAAUAAUGACAAGAGUACUUAUCAACCAUUGUCUAGUAGUCCCCAACACCCUCAGAGAAAACAACAAUCCACUUUGAUCAUGCUUUCUUACAAGAGAAAAUCCGCUGAUGGAAAUGAAAAGACUGAAUUUUGUGCUGCUGAGAAGCUAUUAUAUCGUCCAAGAGCAGGACUAAGAAUACCAUGUUCAACUGGGGAUAAGCCAGUACCUGGAUGCUGGUCAGCCAUUUCGCCUUCUGUUUUUAAGCUCCGCGGGGAGAAUUAUUUUAGAGAUAAACAGAAGCAAUCGGCUUCAGGCUUUAGUCCUUACGUACCGUUUGGUGUUGAUUUAUUUAUAUGUCCACGAAAGAUUAAUCACAUUGCUCAGCACCUUGAGCUCCCUUCUGUCAAAGCCAAUGACAAAGUACCUUCCCUACUAAUUGUUAAUAUUCAGCUUCCAACAUAUCCAACUACCAUGUUACUUGGAGAUUGUAAUGGAGAAGGCAUGAGCCUUGUAUUAUACUUUAAAGUUUCUGAGAAUUUUGACAAAGAAAUCUCUUCUACAUUUCAAGACAGCAUAAGGAGAUUUCUUGAGGAUGAGACAGAGAAAGUCAAAGGAUUUGCAAGGGAGUCAAUUGUGCCUUUCAGGGAAAGACUUAAAAUUUUGGCUGGAGUGGUGAAUCCAGAGGAGCUACAGUUGGGUUCUGCUGAAAGAAAACUAAUCAAUGCUUAUAAUGAUAAGCCAGUACUCUCACGCCCUCAACAUAGUUUUUUUAAGGGACCAAAUUACUUUGAGAUUGACCUUGAUAUACAUAGGUUCAGCUAUAUCUCUAGGAGGGGACUUGAAUCAUUCCGAGACCGUUUGAAGAAUGGUAUUCUUGAUUUGGGCUUAACUAUUCAGGCACAAAAACAAGAGGAGUUGCCAGAGAAAGUGUUAUGCUGUGUGCGGUUGAAUAAGAUUGAGUUUAUAAAUCAUGGCCAAAUACCAACUCUUGUAACUAUUGAUGAUUGACUUGGAGUUUGGACUAUAUAUAUAUAAAUAUUUAUAUUUAUACAUAUAAUUAACGGUACCAUGGGGAUGGGGACAUUGCUUUUGAAAGUUUACAAUUCCGGCCAAACUACAAAGAAAGUUAUAUCAACGUAGUUGGCGUUAAAAAUGACACAGAAAAAAUUAGAGAAGAAUAAUUCUUUCGGCAUUAAAAAAAUAUAUAUAUGUCCAACAAAUCAACAAUUGUUCUACUUCUUGGUUCUUUUGAAGUGUUUUGUAUCAUUUAUUUAUUUUUUUUAGUGACAUUUUUUUUUUCUCUUUGUUAUUGAUUCUGUGACCAUUUAUAUAAUAUGUUAAAAAUUGAUCAGGAUGUAAUAUUAAUUUGUUUAAUUAUGAUAAAUGGUUAUUCUUGUUGUAAAUAUUAAUAAUUAUGUGGAUGUUCAAAUCUUUUAUUUAUUACCAUUAAUUGUAAUCAAUAUUCAUCUUUUUCUUAGUUUCCCUUUUUUCUUAGUUUCUUAAUAUCUCACUCUUGUAUUUGUAUAAAUAGGGGUUCACCCUAUUGGAAUAAACAACUCAGAAAUUCUCAUUCACUUUCUCUUUCUCUCUUCAUCUUCUUCUUCUUUCCUCUCAUUUACUUUAUAUUAUUUUAUAACACGUUAUCAGCACGAGUCUCUGCCCAAGCUUCAAGCAUGAGUCUCUGCCCAAGCUUCAAGCAUGAGUCUCUGCCCAAGUCCCAAUGUAAGUAUCUUGUUAAAGUUCUUGAAUUGUUUCAAAGUCAAAAUACACUAAAUAUAUAUUUAUAUAUAUACUCCUCUGACUGAAACAAUUUCAAGAAUCAUUUGGUUUCUUUUU